AUGCUUUCGUCCGACUUUCAGGACCUGAAUUCCCUUCACCAUCACGAAAGGGAGGACCAAAUUGAUGUUUUGAAUGAACAAGAUACUCCAAAUCAAGAUGAUGUAAAUACAAACAAUAUCGAAAUUGUAGAGGAUAAGUCUGAUUCCGACUCCGAUAACGAUGAAUUGAAUUCAAACGGCAUUCCCGACGACGCUCUUUGUAGAAUUUGCAAACAACCACAUACUGAAGAGGAUCCUCUCUUUCAUCCUUGCAAAUGCUCGGGAAGUAUUAAGUACAUCCACGGAACUUGUUUGAUGGAGUGGAUGAAGCAUUCAAACAAAGGAAAAUAUUGCGAAAUUUGCAAGCACGAAUUCAAAUUCGCAAAAGUUUAUUCAAAUGACGCUCCCAAACAGUUGUCUCCACUUCAGGUUAUGCUUGGCGCAUUUUCUGUCUUGUUCAACUAUCUGAAGUCAAUUAGCAGAAUUUUACUUGUAAUUUUUGUUUGGAUUGUGCUCGUCCCUUUCAUUACUUAUCAGUUUUAUAGGAUUGUGAAUAUUACAUCAUGGAGUCAAAUCGUAAACAUUUUCGAUUGGGAAACGCUAUUCAAAGAUUAUGGUAUUCUCACUUUCUUUAGAGACUGUACCUUUGGAGCUACAAUUUGUAUUUUUGUUUUACUUCUUGAUUUGAUUACUGCUGGAGUUUUGGAAUUUAUUAAAUCAAAUUUAGAGUUGCUGGAAAACUAUGUAAACCCUCAACGGCUAGCACCACAGGAAAAUGUCAACAAUCAAAACAACCCCAACGAAAUAAUUACUCUAAAGGAUCUAAUGAACAAUCAGCAGUUGCUACAAGACGAGGAAAAUAAUGAUGAAACUAAUGAAAUUCCUCAAGGAGAAGCUGAUGAACCGAGAGUGGAAUUAGAAGAAAUGCACAACGCUCCUCAAGAAGAAUUGAACCAAAACCCUCCAAUUGCAGCCAAUCCUCCUCCUAUACAGAAUGGAGCAAGAGAAGACCUAGACCUUGAUGUAAUGAUUGGCCUAAAAGGGGAUAUUUCUCACCUCUUCGAAACUGUUGCACUCGUAUUGUUCUUAAAUUCUCAACAUAUUCUACUGCUAUUGUUCCUUCCUCUUCAGUUUGGAAGAUUUAUUUGUCAUCAAUUAACUCAAUAUUUCGAAAUUAAGAACAUCCUAGAUGAUUUGCUUAAUCAAGGCAUCUCAAAAAACGGAACUUUCAUUAUCUCAAAUAACGAAACAAAUCAGACUUGGGAUAGGUUGACAAACGACACUAUUUUUCAAAACAUUCAUCCUGCCAAUACCACUUCCCUAAAUUCCUCGGUUUAUUCUGACUCAACUGCCUGGAUCGUUGGAGAAAAGAUGAUGUAUAUAUUAACGGGAUACUUAUUUUUAAUCGGUGUGAUUUACUCAUUUGUAUUGCUAAAUUAUGUAUUCCAUAAUUUCCUUUCCAAAAGUUGGUUUCCAAUUUGCAAUUUAGCCAAGAAACUAGUUUAUUACACCAAGUACAUCAUAUUAUUAGUCAAGAUUGCAACUAUUUUAACUACAAACUUUAUUAUCGUACCUCUAGCAAUUGGAUAUUUAUUAUUUUAUUCCACAGAUGAAUUUUUCAAGAACUCCACCAGUAAUAUUUCUUCUAUAAUGAGACAAGGAAUCCAUGGAAUGGAUGGUAAUUCCACAAUGCAACAAAUGAGCCAAACCUUUAACGCAUCAAUUACUAACUAUACUGGCACAGUAUAUCACCUCGUUGAACAUUUUCAGUUUAAUUCAACAAAUAUUUUACGAGAAUUAGUAUUUGGAGUCUAUAACACAGUGAAACCUUAUUCAUUAGAGACGAUUCUCUCUCGACUUGUUAUAAUCUUUAGUGUAUCCUUUGUUUACUUUGUUUUUGGAAUCAUUGUAGUAGUGGUUGCGAGUAGCUUUAUUCAAAUGCUUAGAUCUUUUCUAUCCAAACGUGUAUUAUGGUUUUUGAGAGAUCCUGAUGAUCCUAACUUUCAUUACUUGAAAGAGCUUGUUACUAUAAGCAUAUUUACUCACAUGAGAAGAAUUACAUUCAGUUUCUUUUUCUUGUCCAUCAUUAUAUUAGCAUUAGUACGAACGCCACUCAAGAUGGUAAGAUUCUUGUUGCAAGACUACAACUUCUUUCCUUUCAAGAUAGGAACUCCGUUAGGAGAAUACGGUCGAAACUCUCUAAUUGAGCUGACCAUUGACACAUCUUUGCCUAUCAUCAUUGUCAACUACAUGCAACAGCGAUGGUUUAACCUUGAAAAAUUGAAAUGGGUGUUGAAACGGUGGUUUGAAAUUGGUGGUAGCUACUUUUCUCUCGAGUCAUAUUUCUUCGAUAGUCCAACGUCAACUACCGUUGCUGCUCGAGACAUCAAUCUUCAAAGAUCUGUUCGAUAUCCAACACAUUUCCCAUUAAGAAUAUCUCUGUUUAUUUUGAUUACUUGGUGUGGCUUGAUCGAAAUAAUUUCACUUUCAAUCAUUCUUCCCUUACUUCUCGGAAAAUUUGUGUUGGAUAAUGUUUUAGGAACGCUCCUUGGAGUUGAAAUGAGAAAUCAUUUUUAUACCUACAUGAUAGGAUUGUACUUGUUCAAUGGAAUUAUGUAUAUUUUGAAUUAUAUCUAUACGGAACGAUCUUUUGAGAAAAUUAUCAAAUGGACAACGAUUGUUUUCAAAUGUACCAUCCUCUUUGCUCUGUGGUUUAUAUUGGUACCCAUCUUAAUUGGAGGUGCAAUUGAAAUGAGCAUUGUUGUUCCAACAAAAUUAGCAAUUGAAAUAGUUGUAAGCGAAAAUUUUGAUGACUCACUGUCAGGCAGCCAGCCAGUAUUAUUGCUUGCAGAAGUUUGGUCUUUGGGCCUGUUUUUCUCAAUUACGAUACUCAAGCUACCCGACCUAUUCCCUGGAUUGCAACAUUUGGCUCAAGAGCUCACCAGAGUGAAGCAGAAUGGUUUUAGAAACGUAGAAUUGUUGCGCGUGGUUAACUACAUCAUUUUACCAGUCGUUUAUCAUUUGGUGCUUUUCCUAACGGUGCCCUACAUUGUGAACAAGACCAUCUUGCCUUUCUUUGUUCUCCCACAAACACAAUACCAUAUUUUUGUGUUCAGUUAUCCUUCCAUAGUGGCUCUAUUGAUCCUAAAGCUUGCUGUGCAAGCCCUUACAAAAAUUUACAACAAAUUGCAUGACAUUGUUAUGGACAAGCUGUACCUAUCUAAGGAAGUGCUGGUGAACCACGGUGAGGCUGCCAUCACGGGCGUUGAGGGCAACCAAUAA